AUGGCCGACAUGCAAGGAACCUUCUCUUGGCAGGAUAUGAGUGCCGAUGAUCCCGAUAUGCUGGCCGGUUUCUACACCUCCCAACUUUCGAAUAAGGAUGGUGGUGUACCCCCCUUUGGUCUGAUUGAUUUCGACCAGUACUUGAUUCAACACUGGGACCUGUUGCGCCCUAUUCAGACCGACAAGAAUCAGUGGAGGCAGCUUUGUCAGCAGUACUGGCAGCUGUACCCUAGCAAGCCAUGGGUGAGUCGCUACUCCCUCCACAAUGAGUUGAGCUUCACUAAUUGGGCAAAGCCAUACCACAAAGACAAGUUGGAUGCCGAACAAGAUUGGAGGAAUCAGGACGAGCCGCCGCCGGCCUAUCCCGAGCUCGAACAACGCAUUGCGCCGUUCCAAACAUCGCUCGAGCGGAGGCUAGGCGAUGGAUCAAGGACGCAGUGCUGCCUAAGGACCUGCUACGACCCUGAGCUUGAGGAGGACUACCAGCAAUUUAUCUGUAAUUAUCAGAUAGACCGAGAUAUUGGAGGCAUACUCUACGCCUGUGGGAGUAUCCUCGACGACGCGGAGCGCUAUAAGGAAAUGGAUGGUGACCCCAUGGAGGUCUUAUAUAACAUGCCUGGGUACACUGAUGUGGUGGACGUAAUUGACGAGGCGUUGUAUGACGAGCUUCUGCCGUGGAACGACGAGGAAUGGGCCGCAAGAGACCCCGGGGCCAUGGAUCCCUGCAUGGUCGUCUUGGAAGUCUAUAAUAUUAUUAUGAUUUUAGAUACAGAGGCUCUCGAGGAGGGUCUCCUCAACGUGAAGUGGUUGAACUGGCGCAGCGAGGUUGUCUGGGAAAACAAGCUCUACUGGGGCACAAUAGAUUCCUCUGUGCAGAUUUGGCUGCAAGGUUUUGGUAUCUACGACUUCUCAGACAGGAACGGGGGUAUUAUAGGAGAGGGAUGGAUGCCGGGCUCCUAG